AUGAGCAAGGACACUCUGCAUCCCGUGGAACUAUGUGUGUAUUCAAUGCUCUCGACGGACCUUGAUGGCGUGCAACAGUCCAUCAACAAAGCCAGAGAAUCGCAGACUUUGCUGAUCUUAUCGCUACGCCGCAUUAUGAAGUCCCUUGACGAUGAAAGCAAAGUACUGUACAACGAAGAAGAGUAUUCCGAGAUUACGAACAAACUCACAGCUCUGGAAGAACGUGUCCGUCUCUUAAGGAAACGGUAUGAGAAACUCACAAAGCAGGUAUGA